CCGGUUCAUCUCCAACAGAAGAACGUAAUAACUGAUGCUUGUCUUCAAGUCAACCAUGGAGUGUUCGAUUUCAUCCACCAUUCAUGUCCUUGGAAGCUGCAAAACUUCAGAUGACGUGAACCAAAUCCACGGGCGAUUGAUUAAGACGGGAAUCAUCAAAAACUCAAAUCUCACUACGAGGAUUGUUCUGGCUUUUGCCUCUUCUCGACGUCCGUAUCUCGCCGAUUUCGCGCGUUGUGUCUUCCACGAGUAUCACGUAUGUUCGUUUUCAUUUGGAGAGGUGGAGGAUCCAUUUUUAUGGAACGCCGUGAUCAAGUCUCACUCUCAUGGAAAGGAUCCGAGACAAGCUCUGCUCUUGCUCUGUUUGAUGCUCGAGAAUGGGGUUUCCGUGGACAAAUUCUCACUGUCACUUGUUCUUAAAGCGUGUUCGAGGUUAGGUUUUGUAAAAGGAGGAAUGCAGAUUCAUGGGUUUUUGAAAAAAACUGGACUUUGGUCGGAUUUGUUUCUACAGAAUUGUUUGAUUGGCUUGUAUCUGAAAUGUGGUUGUUUAGGUUUAUCACGCCAGAUGUUUGAUAGAAUGCCGAAGAGAGACUCUGUUUCUUAUAAUUCCAUGAUUGAUGGGUAUGUCAAAUGUGGAUUGAUUGUAUCCGCGCGUGAAUUGUUCGAUUUGAUGCCUAUGGAGAUGAAGAAUUUGAUAUCUUGGAACUCUAUGAUAAGUGGUUAUGCUCAGACAUCAGAUGGAGUUGACAUAGCGUCUAAACUGUUUGCUGAUAUGCCUGAGAAGGACUUGAUUUCGUGGAACUCAAUGAUAGAUGGAUAUGUAAAACACGGAAGAAUCGAAGAUGCUAAGGGUUUAUUCGAUGUGAUGCCGAGAAGAGAUGUAGUUACUUGGGCUACCAUGAUUGAUGGGUAUGCAAAGUUAGGUUUUGUUCAUCACGCUAAGACUCUGUUUGACCAAAUGCCUCAUAGAGAUGUUGUGGCAUAUAAUUCUAUGAUGGCUGGUUAUGUUCAAAACAAGUAUCACAUGGAAGCUCUUGAAAUAUUUAGUGACAUGGAAAAGGAGAGUCACUUGUUACCCGAUGAUACGACUUUGGUAAUAGUUCUGCCUGCAAUUGCUCAGCUUGGCCGAUUAUCCAAAGCCAUAGAUAUGCAUUUGUACAUCGUGGAGAAACAAUUCUAUCUAGGUGGAAAACUCGGUGUUGCUCUCAUUGAUAUGUAUUCGAAAUGCGGAAGCAUACAACACGCCAUGUUGGUUUUCGAGGGAAUCGAAAACAAAAGCAUUGAUCACUGGAAUGCUAUGAUUGGUGGGCUCGCUAUUCAUGGUCUAGGGGAAUCUGCAUUCGAUAUGCUCUUGCAGAUUGAGAGACUCUCUUUAAAACCAGACGAUAUCACCUUUGUUGGCGUUUUAAAUGCUUGCAGCCACUCUGGGUUAGUAAAGGAAGGCCUUCUCUGCUUUGAGCUCAUGAGGAGAAAACACAAGAUAGAACCAAGAUUGCAACACUAUGGUUGUAUGGUAGACAUACUAUCGAGAUCCGGAAGUAUAGAGCUAGCCAAAAACUUAAUAGAGGAAAUGCCUGUUGAGCCAAAUGAUGUCAUAUGGAGAACGUUUCUCACCGCUUGUAGUCACCACAAGGAGUUUGAAACGGGAGAGCUUGUCGCAAAACACCUUAUUUUGCAGGCUGGAUAUAACCCGAGCUCAUAUGUGCUACUCUCUAACAUGUAUGCUAGUUUUGGAAUGUGGAAGGAUGUUCGUAGAGUUAGAACGAUGAUGAAGGAAAGAAAGAUAGAGAAAAUUCCUGGUUGUAGUUGGAUUGAGCUCGAUGGAAGAGUCCAUGAGUUCUUUGUAGAUAGCAUUGAAGUUUCCAGUACAUUGUAG